UUUCAGUGUGACACACGAGUUGCAAUCUUUAUUUGUUUCCCCCCCUUGGUUCGAUUGGAAGUCAUGGCUGGUCCUGACCUGAUAAGAACCGUCCUGUACACCAUCAAUAACCUUUUGCAGCAGGAGAAGUACAAAGCCGCCCUGGCCGUGGUGAAAGGAUUCAGGAACGGAGCCGUAUAUGGAGCAAAGAUCAGAGCGCCGCAUGCCCUGGUUAUGACGUUUCUGUUCAGAAGCGGCAGUUUGAAAGAUAAACUUCGGGCCAUUUUGAAAGCCACAUACACGCACUCCAGGAACCUCGCCUGCUUUGUGUUCACUUACAAAGGACUGCAAGCCUUGCAGCAGAAGAUCCAAGGAAAGAGUCUACAGUCCCACUCCUUCCUCGCUGCCUGUGUCGGAGGGUGGCUGGUGUUCGGAGACAACAACAAUAUUAACAGCCAGAUCAACAUGUACCUGCUGUCCAGAAUCCUGUUCGCCUUGUCUCGGCUGGCUGUUGAAAAAGGAUUCGUCCCUGCACCCAAGCAAGACCCUUUCCCUCUCUUUGCCACGCUGGUGUGGGGCAUUGUGUUGUGGUUGUUCGAGUAUUACCCACACACCCUUCAACCCUCGCUUCAGUCCUCCAUGAAUUAUCUCUAUCAUGACAGCAAUGUGUGGCACGACAUUUCAGACUUCCUAGUUUAUAAUAAGCCAAGGACUGCCGGUUCUCAGAAAUAAAGCUCCAGGCUUUUUCCUUUACUUUCUGAUGGAGUAAUUGUAUAUAUUUCUUUUUUAGAAUCAAAAUUAGAUAAAAAGUAACUAAUUCUUGCCUUUUUUAACUUUAUCUUUAUAUGACACUGUGCCUUGAAUUUUAAUUAAACUUUUAAUUUAUUUAGUUCUAUAUGUGUAUGUGAAAUUUAAUCAUAUUUGCAAAGCACUACUCAUUUACAAUGGACGAUACAUUGUAUGAUUAUGUUCUUUGUGGGUUUUGUUUGGGGGGGGGGGGUUCUAUUGCAAUCUUCAGGAAUAUUAAAAUGAAAUGGAACAAAUGUGGCUUAUUUGUUUAGAAAACUGUGAUAAAGACAAUGUUUAAUACAUUUGAUUAGAGACUUGGGAUUAAAAUUGUAUAAAAAAAAUUAAUAUUACACAUAUCCAGUAUUUAAUGUAAGUUGUUAAUGCUGCUAUAAAAUUAAAGAACUUGCUAAAAUUAAA